AGGCGCUCGCGGCGCACCGGGGAGGGUGUGGGCAGCUGCCAGCUCACGAAGUGCCCUGUGGGCACGCUGCAAGGGGGUGCUGCUGAGGAACAUGUCUUACCUUUCAGCAGUAGGGAAAAUCUGCCAGGAAGCAGCCCUGCUCCUUUAGGGGAGGAAUGCUGCCUGACACCUAACAGGGACAAAGCCGAAGGAGCCUGUGGGCUGUCAGCGAGCCAGGGGCAGAUGCCUGUGGGCUUUACACCUGAAAGAGUUGCUGAAUUUGGGCUCACCCAGGAAAACUUUACCAUAGGGGCAUCUCCAGCUACGUUGAAAUUCAGACGAAGAGCAGCCAUUGGGGCGCGGGGGUCACCGGAGAACAACAGCCUUAUUCAGUUCCUUGCCCAGCAGAGAAGCAACAGGCAGAAAGAAGCCUUGGCUCAGGUGAGUCCUUUCAAACAUGUCAGGCUGCUGAAGGACAAGAUAGACACCUUUCAAACAUCUGUUAAAGCAGUAGAAGAGGAAACUGGCACCCCUGGACUGUCACGAGUGGCUGAGGCCUCCCAGGAAACAGGCUUCUGUUUUGGUUCUGAGCACUGCACUAGAGAUGCUGGAAUGGAUGUUUUAUCAGAUCUGACCAGUGAGCAGGAAGGGAGCCCAGUGUGUGAUGAAAGUAGGCUCUGCAUCUCCCUACCCCACACCUCAACACACCCCAGCAGGCCUCUGUUGGCUGGGCAUGCACAGAGCAGCUGCUGGCUGCCACCUGUGCCGAGGAGAACACCAGAGAGGCAACCACUGGAGAGAAUGCAGGAAUGCUCCUAUGAUGCCCUUGAUGGAGGAGGUGAAUCUCUUGCAGUUUCCAGCUGUGCAGAAGUCCUUGAAGCACUGCAAACAGAGGAAACUGAAAGACAGAGCUCUGAGAAGCCAAAGGAAAAAAAAGUUACUUUUGGGAAAGAUCUGAGCCCAGAAAUCUUUGAUGAAGCUUUACCUGCGAAUGCUCCGCUGCACAGAGGAGGGACCCCUGUGAGGCUGCAGAGACAGAGCAGCCCCUCUGCAAGGCUCAGUCUCACUCAGGAACCAUUGCCCCAGCCCAGCUUUGAUCGCUCUGAGGAAUGGGACCCUCUUGAGGGGUUAAUGCAGGACUCUGUUGCUGCAGAUCUGGUGCCUGCUGAAAAUGCAGAAGCAGCAGAGAGUAGCAAACCUGACAGGAUGAAAACUCGUUCCUCUACAAAGAGGAAGCAGUGCAGCACCACCUCAGAGGGGACUGCUGUUGGCAUCUCCAGUGACACAGCUCCUGAGAACACUAAUGACAUGAAUAAUCCCAGGCAGAACAAGCAUCCAAACCAGAAGAACACAACCACAUCUGCUGCCAAAAAGCUACAAAAAAGAAAACGUGCAGGCUGUGUGAGAAGAAGAAAGAAAGUAAAAACAUCUCUGUAUGGGGAGAGAACAAUGGCUUCUCAGAAACCCCUCCUCAGCCCUGUCAUUGAGGUUUCAGAGUGCUCCUUGUCUCCAAGCUCAGUAUUUUUUUCAGAGGAUGUGAUCUCAGGUGGCACCAAACCUGGGAGUGCCUACGAGGAUGUCCAACAGAAGCCAGUGGCUGAGAGAAUGAGAGGCCAAACCAUCUGUGCAGCUGAUACUUCAGGAAGCUCUGAGGGCCUGGAUGUGGCAGAAGGCAGCAGUUCCCAUGACACAGUGUUUCAGGUGUCAGGUGGUGAUCUGGAGUCUGCUGCUGGCACUGAUCAGGAGUUCUCCCACAUUGUGCCAGAUGCCAGCAGUGGCUUUGAUACCUCUGACUGUGUCCCACAAGGGGAGGAGACUGCUCGUGUGAGAGAGGCAGAAGGAAGCACUUCCCUGACGGAAAGCAAGAGGUUAAAAGGAGAUCUGCUCAGUGAGGCAGAGUGGGUAGCUGGGCUGGACUUCCUGGAGCAGGACACAGGUGUGCAUGCGGGUGCCAGAGGCGCUCUGCAGCCACAGCAGGGUUCUGCCAGAGGGGAUCGAAGAAGAACCAGAAGUGGAGCUGUUCCUUUUCCAGCUUUUCAACAGGAGGACACAACUGAAGACAAUUUUCCACUGCCUUCUUUUCAUGUGGAAGAAUUCUUAUCUGCUUCUCAGCCAAAACGUGACCGCUCAGAGCCUCCUGGAGGUGGUGCAGUAAGAGUGAGGCGCAGCAUGAGGCUGCAGGAGGAUGCCCACAGCAAAGGCCUUGCCUGGGUUCUGCUGCCAGAGGAGGUGCAGAAUUGUCCUCCCCGGCUGGCUCCUGCUCGCAAGUUCAGGAGAAGAACAACUGUCCUUAGAGGAUCUGAGAACCUUCAGCAUGGAGAGCAAAACCUCAGCCAGUUCCCAGCAGCAGGGAAGGAGAACAAGGGCUCUGCCCUCCCUGCUGCUGCCUGCCGGUGGCCGCGCAGGAGAUGCCUCUGCACAUCUACCCCCCGGGAAGCAGCAGCUGGGGCUCCAGCCUGCAGAAGGAGCAUAGUAAACCUCCUCUGUUGGAAGGGCAGAGGUGGCCAAAGUCACUCUGAAGAGGCAGAAAUUCCUCUUCACAGUAGCUAACACUUAGCAAGGGUUCUACUGCCUCUGGUUUUCUGAAAGGGAGGUCAGACUCCUCUGUCUUAUCUCCAACUACCUUCUCUCUCUCCUACAUUUCCUUAGUUUUUCCUUACACCAUGGAUAGCUUAGAACUGCUCUUCCUUGU